UUAUGAGGUCGAAUCAUUCAUUCUUCUUACAUCACUAGUUUAAUCGACAGUUCGUGAAAUUGUGCUCAUAGAGUUCUCGUUAAGAAAAAAGUUUAAAAAAAGAUCCCGAGAAAACGUGUUCUUAGUUCUCGUCAAGGAAAAAAUUGAAAAAAAAAGAUCCCAGUGACUUGAGAACCUCUUUCUUUUUGGGAAUUCGGUUAAAAAAACAAUGAAGUGGUCAGCUAUAUGUGUGUUUCUGUCCUGUGUUGGUGUGAUUAGUGCGUCGUGGGAAUUGGAUCUGUUUUUAAAUAUGGUUGAAUGUGAACACAAGAGAGACCUGAACCUCGAUGUCAGUGGAAUCGACGUGUACUUUUACGACUUUCCAAACAAUAUCAUCGUGCCAUUCCCCAUCAGCAGUGCAGCCCAAGGAAUCCUCUCCUACACGAGGCUCAACAAGAACCAUAAGUUCUUCAUGUUCGUCGAUGGCUUCAAAUCACAUAUGACCAAACUUACGACCAUACAAAUGAGGAACGCCUUCAAAAACUUCCCAAACAGCUACCUCAUCAUCAUCGACCAUUCUAUCUAUACCAACAGACUUGGCUUGAAAGUCAGUUUCGAAGAAUCCGUCAAGUACGUGUACGAUAUUGGUAAAGCUGUAGCCCAAUUGUUGGUUGAUCUUCACCAAGGAGGAAUUUCAGCCAAAAAUGUACACUGUAUUGGCCAUAGCUUGGGAAGCCAAAUGUUGGCGCAUGUUGGUGAAAUCUUCCACAACGCUACUGGUGAGAAGAUUUCUAGAAUAACAGCGUUAGAUCCGGCGGGACCGUGCUUUGCUAAUAGUCCUGAUGAAGACCAGAUCAGAUCAGGUGUAGCGGAGUAUGUAGAAGUAUACCAUUGUAAUGCUGGUGAAUUUGGUACAUCAAGUAUAUUAGGUGAUAUUGACUUUUUUGUGAACAACGGUGUUUCGCAGCCAAAAUGUACUGUGUCUUGGCUACCGCCUUUGUUAAAUACUCUUUUGGAGCCGAGAUGUAGUCACAGGGCGUGUGUGGCUAUGUGGACGGCGUCAGUGGCUCACGGUGGUCAAACGGCUUAUAAGUGUGACAAUUACUAUGACUUUAGGGACGGAAUAUGUGCGCAGAACGCAACCACUCUUGGUGGUUUCUGGAACCCUGGUAACGCAACUGGAGUUUAUUAUUUCGCUUCUGAAGAUUAUGAAUAUAGUUAACUUUUGUAUUGAAUAGGAGUGCUAGUGAUAAUUGUAUAUAAUUUAUAAGAUAUGUGUAGAGUGAUUUUAGUUACAAGUACCUUCUAAUAGCUAGUUCUUUCUGGUUAUAUAAAUAAGUAAUGCUAUUAAUGUACAAAUACCUACUAUGUAA